AGGUGUGCCAGAUGCCGGGGAAGUCCCCUAAGGGAUGGCCUGAGACCAGGCCCUACCGCUGCCUGGAGCAGUUUGUAAGCAAGGAAGACUGGGAGCUGCAUCGCAGCAACACGCACGUUGCUUCCGUUGCCUGCGGGGUGGGCAACUGCCCCGAGUUGUAUACCCCUGUCCAGGUUGAGGAGCUCGCCUUCCACCGGCGGAGGCACCUCAACCUGGGGACAGAAGAGCCCUCGCGAAAGAGGAAGAGGACGGAAGACGAUGGGGAUGGCACGGGGCAGGAGCUGGGGGUCGAUCCCGCGUCGAUCUCGGCGCCCCGGCUCCAAGCCG